AUGGAAUGUGAUGUAGCAUCUUAUCAUGUUAAUUCUUAUAAUUAUUUUGCUGAACAUGGAAUUAAUCUUGCUGCUUUAGAUGUACCAGCAGAAAAGUGGAAAUUACAUAAUGGCGAUUGUAUUGAAGUUAGUUAUAAUGGUGCCACACUUGGAAGACCUGCUUCUAUGGAAGAUGCAAUCGGUAAUAGUUUUAUAAAAAUUAUGCCAUCAGAAUGUAGAAUGCGCGGGUUAACUUAUUCUGGAGUAUUAUCAGUUAACCUUUCAAUAAAAAUCAAUGGUAUUAGAUUAGAUACUUAUGAUGUUAAUAUAGGUAUGAUUCCAAUAAUGUUAUGUUCCAGUAAAUGUUAUUUAAAUGGAAAAAAUAAAAAUCAAUUAAUAAAGGCAGGUGAAGAGGCUUCAGAAAGGGGAGGAUAUUUUAUUGUUAAUGGUUCAGAAAAAAUUAUACGUUUAUUAAUUGGUAAUAGAAGAAAUUAUCCAUUAGCUAUUAGGAGAAAAGGUCUUCGUGAUAAAGGUGAAAUGUUCUCAGAGUAUGCUGUUUUAUUAAGAUGUAUUAAAGAAAAUCACAGUGCUAGUAUUUUAAAUAUUCAUUAUCUUGAAAGUUCAAGUAUGUGCCUUGCAAUACAAUAUAGGCAAGAGAUUUUUUAUGUUCCCUUUAUUUAUGUAGUGAAAGCUCUUGUACCAUACAGUGAUAAAGAAAUUUUUGAAAUUCUUAUAAGAGGAAGAGAAGGAGAUAAUUUUUGGCAUGGUUGUGUUAGUAAUAUGAUAAGCAGUUGUCAAGAUUCUGGUAUUUUUACUCAGGAACAGGCUCUCUCAGCUAUUGGUGCUCGAUUUAGAAUUGUCAUUGGAUAUAAAGUUGGUGAAUGGGAACCAGAUAGCGAGGUUGCAAGGAUUUUGUUUAAAUAUGCUCUUUGUAUACAUUUAAACAAAGAUGAAGAGAAAUUUGAGUUUCUUGUUUAUUCAGCACAAAAAUUAAUAGCACUUGUUAAAAAAGAGAUAAUGCCUGAAAGUUUAGAUAAUCCACAAUUCCAGGAAGCUACAACUUCUGGACAAGUUUUGAAUUUGGUUUUACGUGAAAAGUUGGAAAAUGUACUUUCUUUAAUGAGAAUUGGAUUAAAUAAACAUUUUGAAAAAAAACCUAAUGAUACAAUAUCACUUGCUAUUAUUCAGCGAUACCUUCCAUCAGUUAAGAGUGGUAUGUUAACUAAUGGUUUAUCAUAUUUAUUAGCAACAGGAAAUAUUGUAACAAAAAAUGGUCUUGGUAUUCAACAAAAUUCUGGUAUGUCAGUUAUUGCUGAAAGAAUUAAUCAAUUACGUUUUAUAUCACAUUUUCGUGCCAUUCAUAGAGGUACAUUUUUUAUGCAAAUGAGAACAACAGAUGUUAGAAAACUUAGACCUGAAGCAUGGGGUUUCAUUUGUCCUGUCCAUACACCUGAUGGUGGACCUUGUGGUUUAUUAAAUCAUUUAACUGCUUCAUGUGAUGUUACAACUCAUUAUUUUAUUAUCAAAAAAUUAAGAAAUUUUUUAAAAGAAUUAUAUGUUAUUCCUCACUCAGAAAUGUUAUUACAUGAUUCAAAAACUUUAUAUUAUCCUGUACUAGUAGAUGGAAUUUUUAUUGGAUUCAUUGAUAGAUCAUUAGCUCCUAAAGUUGAAAGAAAACUAAGAGAAGUUAAAGUUAAUAGAGAUGAUGAUAGGGUACCUUAUAAUUCAGAGAUAACUCUUAUAAGAGCAUCUACUGAUCCACAAAAUAUUGCAACUCAAUAUCCAGGUUUAUAUAUUUUUACAGAACCUGGUAGAUUGAUAAGACCAGUAAAAAAUUUACUCUGGAAUAAUAUAGAAUUUAUUGGAACAUUCGAACAAGUUUAUAUGAGUGUUGUUAUAAAACCAGAAGAAGCUCAGGAAGGUGUAACAAUUCAUCAAGAAUUACAUCCAUCAUCAUUAUUUUCAUUUGCUGGUAAUUUAAUUCCAUUUCCUGAUCAUAAUCAAUCUCCAAGAAAUGUAUAUCAAUGUCAAAUGGGUAAACAAACAAUGGGAACAGCUGUUCAUUCUUGGAGAUAUCGUGCUGAUGGUAAAAUGUAUAGAUUAAUGUUUCCUCAGUCACCUUUACUAAAAACAGAAGCUUAUGAUAAAUAUGAAAUGGAUGAAUAUCCACUUGGAACAAAUGCUGUUAUAGCUGUUAUCUCAUAUACUGGUUAUGAUAUGGAAGAUGCUAUGGUUAUUAAUAAAUCAUCUUUUGAAAGAGGAUAUGGUCAUGGUUGUGUUAUCAAAGUUGAAAAAGUCAAUCUUAUGGAGGAUACUGAUAAAUCUUCAGCAAAUAGAUAUUUUGCCAAAGAUCCAAAUGUAAAAUGUAAUACUGUUGAUAAUGAUGGUUUACCAAUAAUAGGAAGAAUUUAUAAAUCAGGUGAAGUAUUUGUUAGUUAUUAUGAUUCAAAUAUUGGAAAAUAUUGUACAAUGAAAACUCAUAAUCCUGAACCAUAUAAUUGUAUUUCUGUUAGACUUGUUAAAGAUACAGCUGGUAGAUGUAAUUGUUUUGCAUUAAUUGAAUGGAGAAUACCUAGAAAUCCAAUUAUUGGUGAUAAAUUUGCUUCAAGACAUGGUCAAAAAGGUAUUAAUUCAUUUUUAUGGCCAGUUGAAUCAUUACCAUUCAGUGAAAGUGGUAUGGUUCCAGAUGUAAUUUUCAAUCCUCAUGGUUACCCAUCUCGUAUGACAAUUGGUAUGAUGAUAGAAACAAUGGCUGGAAAGGCUGCAGCAUGCCAUGGAGAACAUUAUGAUGCAUCACCUUUUGUAUUUAAUGAAAAACACACAGCUAUUGAUCAUUUUGGACAGUAUCUUGAGAAGGCUGGUUUUAAUUAUUAUGGUAAUGAAGUUUUAUACUCAGGAGUUGAUGGUAGAGAAAUGGAAGUUCAAAUAUUUAUGGGAAUUGUAUAUUAUCAGAGACUUCGUCACAUGGUAUCAGAUAAAUUCCAGGUACGAUCAACUGGUCCUAUUGAUCCUAUUCAUCAUCAACCUAUUAAAGGUCGUAAAGUUGGUGGUGGUAUACGUUUUGGUGAAAUGGAACGUGAUGCUUUAAUAGCUCAUGGAUCAUCAUUUUGUCUUCAAGAUAGAUUAUUUAAUUGCUCAGAUAGAGAUCUUUCUUUUGUCUGUGGAAAUUGUAGGAAUAUCUUUUCUGUUGUCUCAACUAAAGAAAGUUUCAAACUAACUAAUAUUCAAGCUAAUAAUGGAGCUAUUGAUUUAAGUGUUAAAAAAAUUUGUUAUAUUUGCAAAAAAUCUGAUAAUGUCUAUCCUGUCCAGUUGCCAAGAGUCUUUAAAUAUUUAGUUGCUGAGUUAGGUUCAAUGAAUAUAAAAGUUGAUAUGAAAUUUGGAAGACCGGACGAAGACAAUAAUUAA